AUGGUCACACCGCUGGAUGAGAAGAAAGAAGACCGAACCGUCAACCCGGACAUGGUUCAGGUGAUGUUGACAAACGGUCGGGACGUGACGAAUAAACCGGCUUGGAUGGUGUUCGGCAAAGAGACCUUAACGUUUGACGGGUAUUUUAAAGUGUCGGCCAACGAAAGCCAAUACAACUAUAACGUCAGAAAAUGCAAAAUAGUUUAUUUCCCCGAAGACAAUACCAUCACGGUGAUGGAACCGGCCAUACCCAACAGCGGCAUGACCCAAGGAUGCCUCAUAAGGAGACACAGGAUACCCCAUCCUGGACGAGCGAACGGGUUUUACGAGCUGCUAGAUUUCAACAUUGGAAAAACAGUAGAAUUCUACGGCAAGGUGUUUAGAAUUACCGGCGUCGAUUGUUACACCAGAGACGUUUUGCGAAAAAUGGGUUUGGACGUGCCGGAAAAUCAGACCCAACCCAGAGAUCCGUAUUUCGAAUACAGAGCAAAAACCGGUUUGGAAUCAAACGCAGAAACGACUUCUGGCAAGUCGAAAAAAUACAAAGACGUCGAUCUCGAAGGGAAAGUGUUGUCGUUUAAAGCCUAUUGGGACGACAGACAAAGUGCGGAAGGUCUACUGCACUUUAUGGAAGUGCACUACUUUUUGUUGGACGACACAAUGGCUAUAAUGGAGAUGGGCGAAGACGACAAGAUGACGAUGUUCCUGCAAAGACAGCGAAUACCCAAAGUAUUUUCAAUGUACUCGUAUAACAUUGACCGCCCUUUUCAUUCGGUUGCGUAAUAUGUAUGUUGCAGCA